GGCCCAUAUUAGUUUACAGUCCGCCCUGGCUAUAGGUUUGAUCUUCCGUGUCGGUCGGGUUCUCGUCUGCUAGAUUUGUCACGUUGAGUCGUCAAGAUCAGAUCGACCAAUCUCGCCGCCGACUUGCUUGGGCGCCGCUCGCCGCCGACUUGCUCCGUCGCUCUACGCCGCCCGCUCGGGCGCUAGUAUUCCAUCCAGACCAUAAGCGGCGGCGUAGAAGCUGAUGCUUCUGCCGUGCUAGUCAUCCGUCAGUGUCGAUGAACACCUUUUGUUUUCAAGGUGCCGUGUAAACGUCGUGUGUGAACCCAGUCGGAGCGCGUGCUGCCUGCGGCACUCACUUGAACCGAAACGGCGAGCCAAGGCGUUUGCACUGCCGGCGGUUGGGGUCUCCAAUCGUUUCCAUCCAGUACUCCGUGAUCUUUUUCACUUCUCCGUCCCAAGUCAACGUCCGAACCCCACGCCAUGGUGGUGGACUCCAUUUUCGCAGACUUCAGGCUUGACCCGAGAAGCGACGUCCAUCUCUCCCAAACCCUCCGCGCAGGGGAGCACGUCCUGCGCAUAGGAUGCCACCCGCGCGGUACGGGGCACAGGUCCGACGGCGACCUCUCCGUCGCCCUGCGGCUGCAGAGCAAAUCCAGGAGCGUCAAGGCCGAAUUCGAGGCCUUCCUGACGGGCGGAGACGACGGCGCACCACCGCUCAAGGCAAAGCGGUCCACGUUUACGCAGGAGAAGACCUCCGACGACGACGGCGACGGCGUCGACGUCCAUGGCUGGUUCCAUUUCAUGCGGAGUGACGUGGACUCGCUUUUCGCGGCGCACAGCGCGGCCACGCUGGUGUGCGGGGCCGUGCUUGUGCGCGGCGACGACCCCGUCCCCGUCCCGGCGUCCGACAUAGGCGACCACCUCGGGCGCCUGCUCGACCGCGCCGACGGCUCGGACGUCUCCUUCUCGGUCGCUGGCGAGACGUUCCGCGCGCACCGGGCCGUCCUCGCCGCCCGCUCGCCGGUGUUCAGGGCGGAGCUCUUCGGGUCCAUGGCGGAGGCCGCGAUGCCAUGCAUCACCCUGCACGACAUCGAGCCGUCGACGUUCCGAGUUCUGCUUCGGUUCGUGUACACCGACCGGCUGCCGACGGACAAGGAGCUUCCAAGCUCUUCGGAGACGACCGAGCUGUUCCAGCGCGUGCUUGCGGCGGCUGACCGGUACGAUCUGGGUAGACUGAAGUUCCUCUGCGCUCACAAGUUGUGGGAGAGCGUGUCGGUGGAGACGGUCGCUACUACCUUGGGUUACGCUGAAAUGCACAACUGCCCGGAGCUGAAGAAGAGGUGCCUCGACUUCUUCAUGGCGGACAAGAACUUCAAGAAGGUGGUGGUGACCGACGGCUACUUCUGGCUGAUCCAACGCUUCCCCUCCAUUAUUUACGAUAUAAGAGCACCGGUUGAUGAGACUUGAUUCACGCCAAUAUUCAUUCUAGUCUCGUGCUGAGUCGACUAUUGCAACAAUUCUUUUUCGA